GAGAGAAUUCUGCUAGAGGACAUGGCUGCUUCUUCCUCAUCCUCCUCAGCUGGUGGGUUCAGUGGAAGCUCCGUCCCGGGAUCUGGUUUUAGCAUCUCAGACCUUGUCCCGCCACGGAAAGCCCGUUUCACCUACCCCAAAGAAGCUGGACAGAUGCUAGAAGAUGGCUCUGAGCGAUUCCUCUGUGAAUCCGUCUUCAGUUAUCAAGUGGCAUCCCCGCUUAAACAGGUGAAGCACGAUCAGCAAGUUGCGCAGAUGGAAAAACUGGCUGGUUUGGCGGAAGAGCUGGAGGCCGAUGAGUGGCGCUUUAAACCCAUCGAGCAGCUGCUAGGGUUCACACCCUCUUCAGGUUGA